AUGGCCCUCCGCAGCGUGGGGCGCCGCUCGAGGGCGCAGGAGAAUCUCGGCCGAACGGAGGAGGCUCACCGACAGCGGAUGCGCCCGCCGGUGCCAAAUGAUGGCUAUCCCUUCAGGGCGCACCGCGCCGCGGACGGUGCCAAAGAUGCUACCCCGCGAUCCAAAGGCAGCGACGCGACUCCGAGUCGCAGCACGUCCUUGCCUCCGUUGCAGAGCCCGCGGCUGGCACGCUCCGCACCGGCAGGUCUAGACCUGGACCUCAAGGCAGGCGCCCCACCACACACGCCUGACGCCACUCCCGGCUCGGCCUCCUCUCCAGGUGGCCACGAGGACUCGUGCACUGUUGGUCGCCACGAGGACUCUGAGGACGACGAGGAGUUCUUAGCGGACCUGCAGGAGUUGGAUGAGCUCACGGCGCAUCUGGCGCGGCGAGGCGACCCGUCCUCGGCGCGCGACGUGCGGCCGCCUACGGCGUCCUCGGUGUCCACCACGGCGCCUGCUAGCUCCUUGGCCACGGCCUCGGUGGCCAACGGGGAGGAUUAUGCCGAUGCGAAUGAGGAUCCGUUCGAGCAGUUGCAAGGAGCCGUGCGCGUGCACCAGGAGAUUGCUCAGCUGCGCUUGCCCCAUGGUUGCCGCCUGGAGACCAGCCAAGCCUCCUUUGCCCAACUCUUCUUCAGCAUGGAUGUGGCGGAGGGGCCUUUCACACCGGCCUCUUUGGUCUUCUGGGUGAAGAUCUUCGCAGAGUAUCCGCUCCCCGGGAGUGUGAGUAUCCGUGCCACGAAGCGUAUCUUCCAUCCCAGCAUCGACGCGCAGACCGGGGCCGUCGCCUUUCCAGGAGAAGAAGCUCCCAAGGUCUUCAUUGCACUUCCAGCCCCAGCUCAGACUGUCCCCUCUCAACCUGGCCCAGAUCCGGAUCCAGGUGAAGUUGGCUUCGAUGUUAACCAGCUUGGUGCGGAUGGUGAAGUCACCCCAGCCGGUGGCUGA